UAAUAUUUAACUGAGGGUAGAACUUAAAAUUGUUGUUCCAAGCGGAUUGACAGCAACGUCAACAGAACUGACAACGGACGUUACAGACAGUGUUGCCAUUCUGAAUAAAAUAAUUUCCACCAUUAUUUACGUUCCUUUACACGCAUACUAACAACGGAAAGUGUCAACGUCAAGUGUUGCUAGUAAGUUAUAUUGGAUUCCCCAGAUAAUAAAUACGUUCCGUUACACAUAAAAAUGGAAGGUCAAUUUCAAAUUUUAUUUGAUAAAAUGAAAAUAGAAAUGCAAAACCAAACAAAAGAGGUAACCAAUACGAUAAUGGAAAAAAUUGAUGAAAAAUUAAAACCGAUUUUGGAGGAAAAUAAAAUAUUAAAAAAUAAAAUAGAAAACUUGGAAAAAAAGGUAGAAUAUCUAAAAAGAGAUAAAAAAAAAAACAAUAUAAUAAUACAUGGAUUGAAUGAGAAAUCUAUACCGGAUUUACUUAAUAAAAUUAAAAAACAUUUUUCGGAUGAACUUAACCUUAAAUUAGAAGAUUGGGAAGUAAAUAAAAUUUACCGCAUUGGAAAAUCAAAUAAUAAUAACAAGCCCAGACCCACGGUCCUUGUAUUGGUUUGUGGAUGGAAGAAAAGUGAAAUCAUGAGAAAUAAAAAGAAACUUAGGGAACUGUAUAUAACUGAAGACUACUCAAAAGAGACUUUAGAAAAAAGGAAGGCACUGCAAUUUAAGGUAGCAGAAGAGUGGAAGAAAGGGAAUUUUGCUUUCAUUAAAUAUGAUAAACUCGUGGUUAAGAAAAACCCAAACACGAACGAUAAACGGAAGCGACAAACAUCAAACUCUCCAAAAGAAGACGCUCAACCAAGAAAACAACAAACAUUAAAUUCAUCGGAAUCAAAUAGGAAAAAUGCGUUUGAUAUGAUGAGGAUGCGUUCUAACUCCUUUUCGACCUCCUUUAAUACAACCAAACAAUAGCAAUCAUACACCGGAGAUCGGAAAUAUCAAUUAA